AUGAGCUUUAUCCAUGAAAGGCGCACCAGGAAUUCACGUCUUCUUUCACGAAACACCAUCAUCAACCUCCUUCGCUUCUUCUGGGUCGUUCUCGUCAUUUGGUGCGAGUUCGGGGUCUUUUUUUACAGUUUAUCGGAUUGCAAGUGGCCAGACAAGGAGUUGAAGGAAGCUGGAUCAACCGAAAAGCCAACCCGAGUCCUCUUGAUCUCUGACCCCCAACUCUCGAACCCGAGGCGUUCAGGGAUUUCAUGGCUUGGCUAUGAUGCAUCCUCUACUAGAUACUUACGCAAAGGCUGGAGCGUCGUAACUCGUCUGCAUCCUCACGCAGUCGUAUGGCUAGGCGACGUGCUUGCCUCUGGACGCUACAUCACGAAUGAAGACGAAUACGAAAAUUACGUAGAUGAAUUUAAGAGGAUGUUCUCCACCGACGAAUCCGUGCCGAACUAUUUCGUUCCAGGGAAUAGAGAUGUUGGUCUCGGAGAAUCUUCUGCUUUCUCAAAGAAUGCGCGAAAGUACUUUACUGAGUACUUUGGACCUGUGAACCAGGAGAUCGAUCUGGCUGGCCAUAGGCUGAUUUUCAUCGACGCCCCUGGAUUAGUUGAUGAGGAUUACCGCCGCCAUGGGAUGGGGAAGCAGUACGAGACUUGGACACCUGCUGUGGGUGGUCCAAUCGAGUUCAUUGCCUCCGUUACCAUCAAGGUAUCAUCUAGCCCUAUCAUCUUAUUCAGCCAUAUCCCACUGUCUCGAUCAGCAAGUACAUUGUGCGGGCCACUUCGCGAAAAAGGCUCUAUACGAGCUAGCGCAGGCCAUGGGUAUCAGAACAUGCUUGGUAAAGAAACCACUAGAUUUGUUCUGCAUAUGCUUCGACCAGCAGUGGUCUUCAGCGGUGACAAUCGAGAUUACUGCGACAUGACCCACCGCCUCCCCGCGACAGAUGCUAAUGUACUGGCAAAGACCUCCGUCCGGGAAGUGACCGUAAAAUCAUUUUCUCCAUCCAGGCACAUCCGACGUCCGGGCUUCCAGCUCCUCUCCCUCAUCCCUCCAGACUCUGCGGUAUCACACCAUGGCUCUACGUUCGCAGAUGCUGCUUGCCUUCUGCCCGAUACCUUCCGCAUCUUCAAUUCGAUAUACCUUCCCGCUCUCGUACUCACCGCCAUCGUGCUCCUAUACCUCGAUAUCUCACCCGACCGACAUCGUCACCGUUUCUCCUCUCUCUCACCUAUCUCUGCAACCAGGAGCAGUUCCCCGCCGCCAGGCCCAGAAUCUGCAAUCUGGGCAAACUGGUCCCCGCGGAGGUCAAGCGGCCCAACGAGUCCGGCAGUAACACUCCCGCCCUCAGUUACAGCACGUGUCCCUAGCGCAAAGGAGAUUUUCACAUUUCGUGCCUUAUCAUCAGCCCCUGGAUCACCACAUGAUUCUCCGCUCCUGAGUCCUAUUCCACUUUUCCACGCCGGGCAUGACGACGAGAUGAACCCCGCACAUUAUCCUUCGCAGCAUCACAGCGACCAUGUCUGGCCUUCAGGAGAGGACGUUCACGAAGCGCCAUCGUUCCUCCCCUCACCGAGCGCACGUCGAUCAGAGAGGAAAUGGUCGUCAUGGAGCUGGAGCUUCGUGUUCAGAGGGAGGCGGCGGCGGAUAACGAUUGCGCCGCCGACAUGGGAGGAGAUGAAAAAGUUUUAUGCGUCUGACAACAGCGACAGUAUGAGCAGAGGCAAGCGGAGGGGGAUGUUGUGGAGGUUAGGGGGUGAUAGCGCGAGUGUUGCGCUACCCGCUUUUGUUACGUGGGCUUUGAUUGGCUGGCUGUUCUUUUGA